AUGACUCGGCGAGAAGCAAGAAAGAUAUUUGAGCAGACAGCUCAGACAGGAUACGUACAGCACGAGAACUACGAGAUGACGCUUCGCGCUCAGGUCGAAGAGCGGUUGCGCGAACGCGAGCGAGAAGACUCCGAGUUGGCCGAGAUGGUUCAUUCCUUCAACACAACGAUCGACAACAUGCGCGAGUUCCUGAUACGCAACAGCGCCGAUGAUACACCCAGACCUGUCCCUGACGCUUACAAGGUCAUGUUGAGGGAUGAAGACUCUGCAACUGAGUUUGUCCCCAAGGAGCUUGAGGAUGUCUUCUACAAGCGAAACAAGGCCGGAGAUGCCCAAGCCGAGCUUGAGGGUCUCUACGGUGAGCGCAUGAGCGCUAUCGAGGCCUUGAAGCGGCGCAACGAACAGGACAAGUUAACUGAGCCGGAUAUUGAUCAAGAAGAAGGUCUGGACAUGGAUUCGCUCAAGGAAAAUGACGGCAAGCAACACCGACGGGGUGAUCCGUUGCAUUGGCAAGUUUUGCUAAGAGAGGACAUCCAGGUGAACAUUGCUGAUGGGGUCGAGGAAUGCGAUGCGGCUAUGAAAGAAGAACGUGUAGCAUUCCUCAGUGCAUUCGUCGCACAUACAAAUCAGGCCAUCUCUGGGUUGAAGUGUUAG